AUGGAUAAUCGAAAGUAUAUUGACAACGAACUGACGGGGGACUGGAUAUGCUCGGACGAAAACUGCGGGAUAGUGAACUCGGCUCAAAGAACACACUGUAAUCGAUGCAACAGAGUCCGUCCAAAAAGCACAAUGAAAAAAAAUUCCAAGCAGGUUCUUUUCAAAGCGAACGACUGGAAGUGUGAAGACUGUGGCAACAUCAAUUGGGCUAAGAGGGAAAAAUGUAACAUAUGUAGUAAGGUCAAAUUCCCAAAAAAGGGAAACGACCCCAAAUCAAAUAAAGAAAUACGGACUGGCAAAGGUGGAGGCCACUACGAUAUUCAGGGAAGUAAUGAAAAGAGAGUCCAUGAUUCGGAUGAUGAAGAGUAUGAUGAGUUCGGUCGGAAGAAGAAGAGGAAGAUAGUAGAUAAGGAUAUCCAAAAGGAUAAGGAUAGGGGUGAUAAUGACACGAGCAGAGACACAAGUAUCUACAACAACAACAGAGAAUCCUCCUACAAAAAGGACACGUACAGAAAUAAACAAUUUAAUGACUCCCUAUCAAGGAGUUUCACGUCAAGUAAUUACCAAAAAUGUACCGAUGGGGGGGGCUAUUACAAGAAUAACUACGACCGGAGGAAGCAGGACGGAGGUUACAACGCCGGUCGGUACGAUGGAGAAAGCAGACGUAAUGAGCGAAUCAGGCAUGAUGACGGAGGCAGGCAUGAUGACGGAGGCAGGCAUGAUGGCGGAGGCAGGCAUGAUGGUCGAGACAGGUAUGAUGACCGAGGAAGGAAUGGUGACCGAGACAGGUAUGAUGACCGAGGAAGGAAUGAUAACCGAGGAAGGAAUGAUAACCGAAGCAGACAUGAUGAGCGGAACCGCAAGGGCGACAACCGACACGACGAAGGCACAACACAUGGUCGUAAACCGAACUAUGACAGUGAUAGGCGAUACAAAGAUAGGCCGGAUAGCUCCUACAAGUCGGAGAAUGGCAGAGUAUCCGAUUACGACCGAAGGAGGUAUAGACGAGACUAA